GUUACUCUGAUAGUAUCUUAUACUAAGAGUUAAUAAAAAUGACCAAUGUACACACAUAUUGACCAAAAAAACAUUCAACUCAUUUCAACAAAAAAUUCAACGACAUCGUUUCAGAAAUAAUAGAAAUUAAAAAACAUUUGAAAACUGGCAAUAUUAAAACGCCAUCUUCUAAAAUGGCUGCCUUGUUGUUGGCGACUGUUAGGUGCUUGUUUAGAAAUUAGUGUUUAUUUCGUUCAGUUUGUGUGUGUUUUGUUAAUAUAGUAUACAGUGAUGCGCGGAUAAUAAUUUGAAAUUUAAUGUCUUGAAUCGAAGAUUCACCAACGGGAGAGCAUUUUAACAUCACUCCCAACUUAUUUAGUAAUAGUUGAGACCCAGCCAAGAUGUCAAAGAUGUGGCCUGCGUCCCAAUAUUCUCACACAAACACCCAGCCUAUAAAGGCUACGAAUGAACACCAGAACCAGCAAAAUCUGAAGACCUUGGGCAUGACCUCUGCAAUUUCUACAGCAGGGCCUAAACCAAUCGAUAUAGAAAAAACGAAUGAUCUUAAAGUUUCUCUGACACCCUUUGGAGUUUUUGAGUCCGAAGCAGAGAUGCACCAUAGGAUGGAAGUUCUUGGUGCUUUACAUCGUCUGGUGAGGCAAUGGAUAAGAGAUGAGUCUUUAAGAAAAAACAUGCCGCCUAGCGUCGCUGAUACUGUCGGUGGAAAUAUUUAUACUUUUGGAUCUUAUAGACUAGGGGUUCAUCAUCGCGGUGCCGAUAUAGACGCAUUGUGCGUUGCGCCUCGUCAUAUAGAAAGAUGCGACUAUUUCUUAACGUUUUAUGACCUUUUAAAGCAACAACCACAGGUUAAAGAUUUGCGAGCUGUUGAAGAUGCUUUCGUGCCUGUUAUCAAAAUGAAUUUUGACGGAAUUGAAAUUGACUUACUUUUUGCCAGAUUAGCCCUCAAGGAAAUACCUGAUUCCUUUGAUUUGAGAGACGAUAUGCUGCUUAAGAAUCUAGAUCAGAAAUGCGUACGUUCACUGAAUGGAUGUCGCGUUACCGACGAAAUUCUACGUCUCGUACCUAACAUAAACAACUUCCGACUGACGCUCAGAGCUAUUAAACUGUGGGCCAAACGUCACGGCAUUUACUCAAACACCCUGGGAUACCUGGGUGGCGUAUCCUGGGCCAUGCUAGUCGCCCGAACCUGUCAGUUGUAUCCCAACGCAUUGCCUGCCACUCUAGUCCACAAGUUCUUCUUGGUCUUCAGCCAGUGGAAGUGGCCCCAACCGGUCUUGCUAAAACAGCCCGAUCAUGUCAACCUAGGUUUUCCUGUUUGGGAUCCAAGGGUGAACGUAGCCGACAGAUACCACCUAAUGCCCAUCAUCACGCCCGCAUACCCUCAGCAGAACUCCACAUUUAACGUCUCAGCUUCAACUAGAACAAUCAUCAUGGAAGAGUUUAGACUUGGGCUUGCAGUGACCGACGAGAUAAUGCUCGGCAAAUGCGGCUGGGAGCGUCUAUUCGAGGCUCCGAAUUUCUUUUCCCGCUACAAACACUUCAUAGUGCUGUUGGCUUCCUCCGCUAGCGCCGACGAUCAGCUGCAGUGGUGCGGACUCAUUGAAAGCAAGAUACGUCAUCUUAUCGCUACACUGGAACGCAAUCAACAUAUAACGAUAGCUCACGUUAACCCGGAGUGCUAUAAUUCAGUGCCGCUGAACACCAAUAAUGGGCAACCAUUAGCCUUACCACCCGGGUCAACCAUACCCCGCGAGACAUCGCCAGAGUUGAACAAAAAUGACAAAGGCGAAGUGGUGGUGAAUCAUUGUUCGAUGUGGUUCAUUGGUUUGGUAUUCGAGAAGACAAAUGUAAACGUCGAUCUGACUUACGAUAUCUCUUCGUUCACCAAGGCUGUGCUAUACCAGGCUGAAAAUACGAAUAUGCUGCGAGAGGGACUCACUAUUGAGGCUCGUCACGUCCGUCGCAAGCAGCUGCACCAGUAUCUGUCGGCCUCACUGCUGUGCCGCCGCGAGCGCACCGCCUCCGGGAACAAAAGGAAACCCGACGGUGCUCUCACACACCCGCCCAAGAAGAGUAAACGACUGUCGGAAAGUAGCACGGACGAAGUCAGCAUCUUAUCAUACAAUGACGACUCGAACUCUUCAAACCUCUGCGAAGUAAACAUCCAGAACGGUUCUGCUAAUGGGACGGCGGAGACUCCGAAGGCCGACGCCUCUACAUCUAGUACUAUAGCGUGCACAUAGCAUUACGAAGCCUGGCGCCAGCGGUUCAUUUACGGCACCGAUACCGUCAAGACGAACAAACUGAGGCGCUUCUAAUUGAUAAAGGACAUUACAAACAUGAGUGGUACAGUGAUAUUAAAACUAAUAAGUGAUGUGAUCGUGGUCUUAGGUAACGAAGCAAUAAUGUGUUUUGUGAUUAUCGGAAUGGAAUCUUUGGUGAUUGUCAGGUGAGUCUUGUUGCUAUAUCGGGCUCUUCAAAGCUUUGUGUGACUUAUCUUUUUUGAGCCAACAGUAUCUUAAAACACAUGAAAAGUUUAUCGGAUCAGACACAAUAUGAAGACGAAUAGGCACUGUGGACACGUGAGUUAACUGUAUGAUUAGCGAAUUUAUGUGUUAGAAAUAAAUAAUUUGUAUGUAGUUAAGAUGGUAUUUUAGAUCAAAUUUGUCAGUCUUAAGUAGAACAAAUUUGUACUAAAAUGUAACGAUUGCCUAAAUUUAAGGGCUUAGAUUGGAUGAAUUUGUUAAAUACUGUCUGCCAAAUUUGUGGAUUUUGUUGUUUUGAUUUUGUAAUGUUGCAUGUCACUCACAGUUGACCACCUCUCAUAAUUCAGGAUUAACGCCCCCGGUUUGUGAGUCCAGGUUGAUAGAUAUUCAUAUAAAAUAAAUAAUAACGGUAUGACCCAGACUGACAAUAAAGGUUAUAAGUUCACAAUUGGACAUAUAACCGAUAUUUUUGGAAAGUCAUGUGUAUGUAACAUGAAUUCUCUAUUAUGUCUCACUAGUAGGUAAGUGUUAAACUUGACUAUCAGGUAAGCUGAUUGGAUUGUGUUGUAACUCUGAGUGACUUUUCUAUGUAGAAGUUUGCAACUUAGUAGGAACAUAUUGGUAUUUUAAUAUUGUGGGGACGAGGUCCAUUAUUGUAUGAUGGGUCUUGUGUUUCAGGUAUCCGGUGGGACGGAUUCCGGCGCCAAGUAAGUUUGGUUCCUUCAAUUUUAUAGAAUAGUGUCUUUUGCAAGAGUAAUAUUAUUCAGUGCUUUGUUGUGUUUAGUCCAAAUGGUACUUAACCAUUAUCAAAUUUACUGUUUUUAUUGACUACUUAGUGUGAAAUGUGUCUGGAUUAUGUCGAGUUUCAGGCUUAUCGCAAUUAAGGGAACGUACCCAUACUACGUGACCCGUUUAGGGGGGGGAGCGGAGUCUUUAAAAUACUACGGUCAGUCACAGGAGCGGGGGGUGGCUCAGGUUUUUGUCACGUAGUCGAUUUUAGUGAGACAAAUCUCGUAUUUUUUCGACCUAUAUUCGAAUAUAGCGCGCAGUGUUUAGCGCUUUGUAAACUCACAGUUGGUGGCGCUGAGUAAAGACGAGCAUGAACCAAUUUUUUUUUUUUUAGUUUUUGCCUGUGGAAUGAUUAAAGAUCAUAAUUAUGAAUUACUACGUGAAAGGGGGGAGGGGGGGGGGUCUUGGCAUAUACUACGAGUGAUCACCGAGGGGAGGGAGAGGUCGAAAAAAUAAAAACAUAGGUCACGUAGUAUGGGUACGUUCCCUAAUACUCUUUAGUUUAAUCAUCCGGGUGCUAGUGAAGGCUAUGAUAAAAAACAAACGCUAUUUACAUUUCUGUGUGUCUCUUUGACACUGCUCCUUACUCAACACAAGACACAAUAAAACAAUUUUGUUUUGUUACACAAAUUGGGAAUGUGAGUAGAUAAAUUUUUUUCCUGGAAUUGAUUGAAUUCAACACCUUAUCACACAUAAGUCAGUCUAUAAAUUCAAUGAAGGAUUUAUACACGAGUAUACUCUUGCGAAAGACAGUAAAGUACAAAGUGGAAGAAAUAAUCUAUUUUUGUUUUCUAUUUUACGAUAUUCCAUCGAAUAGCGUUUGCUCGACAACUCAAUUUGAAAAGAUGUAAAUAUAUUAUGUAGAAAUGUUUUUUGAAAAAUUCAUGUAGGUGUUUGAUCAUUGAAAAUUUGCAAAUUUUACUUGUCGGACCACGUAAUUUUUAUGAUGAAUGUUGAUACAGACGAGAAAUACUUUGACAGAAAUAACUAGGCAGUCUGUUCCAAAAAGAUUUUCAACUAAAACAUAUAAUUAAAACCGUUGAAACAUUGUACUGUGUAGGUCAUUGUGAACUUUGGUAACAUUUAUAGGACGCACAUCAUUUUUAAAACAUAUUGCUUAUACAUUUUGAUUGUACUACAAUGUUGCACUUGAUGUUAAGGACAUUGUAGUCUCCUUGCCCUUACUUUCAGCAGUUGCCAGCUUUUAGUUGGUGUAGUUCCCUUCUAACAUUGUUUCUUUGUCCUAUGUUUGUCGAUGGGGUGAUUCAAUCUAGUGAGCUUUGUAGUUCAUUUGCACAGGCAGUGCAGAUGUAGAUGAACGCUGAGUCAUGAUAACAAAAUGUUUAUUACAGAGAAAUAAUAAUUAUAUUCUACAACAUGUUAAUUUAUAUGAAUAACAUGUUGUUCUUGUGUGUAAUAAACAUAUUAUUUUCAUCAGUUCACCGAAUUAUGCUUCUUAAUUUUUUCCUUAGUUUCUCAUACUAAAUGAAUAUAGAAAUAACUUUGUUCUUUAAAAAAACUCAAAUUCUAGCGUCCUCGUAUAGGUUGUUUUAGUUUUGUAUACUAGCAAGCCAGAAUAUGGUUGCCAGGACUCAUAGUUUCUUGAUAUACGUUGGAGUCUUUCAUUUCAAUGAGCAAUUCAUAUUAUUUUAAUAGUUUACGAGCGAUACAAUAAAUAUGCAAAAAUACUUAAGGUACAUGGCAUUUUUUUGUCAGUCCAUUCUUGUUGAAUUAAUGAGUGAUGAGAUGAGAUUGUUUUUUUUUUUUGUUAAUUUUGUAUUAACUUUUUUGAGUGGUCGAGUGACAAAUCAGUGUUCAAAACAGUAUACACAUAAAUCUGUUUGUAGUUUCUUCUACUUUUCAAGAUGUCCAGGGUAAUAAUUUUUUUAUAGUCUUUUUAUGUUGCCGUUUCAUUUUGUUUAAUUAUUUUUUCGGCUGCAUUUCUUUUGUUCACUGAAAUUAGAACGUGACAAUGCUGCUGUAAGGUUUAUUUUUGUGUAACACGUGUCUUCAUCUCGGAAGCGUUUAGCGUACAAGUUGCCAUGUCAAUAAAUGAUUUUGUUUUUCGGUACUGGCAACAUUUAAAAUUUAUGAAAUUUCCAUUGACGCUUUGUAAUUCGAAAUCGCAAUUUUGAAUGUUUUCUCUCAUCAAUUUACUGAGUCACAUAAUUUCUAUUGUAAAUACUUUUAAAUCAAAAUAAGUCUUACACCAGUACUCGUUAGAUGUCAACGUUCUUUGGACUAGUUUUUAAAAUGAAAUGAUUCCACCUAGUUGAUAAGACUCAAAAUGUAGUUGUCGUUAAAUAUGUUUCUCUAAUUUAAGUUGUAAAUAAGUAGUGAAUUGAUUAUUAUAUAUGAAAAUAUAUAUCUGGACAAAAACGAUAUAAAAUUGAAAAAAAAAAGAAUAAAUGUACAUAUAAAAAGGA